GUGCAGACAGCCGAUAACGUCCGCAUCCCGUUAGAUGUGGCAGAAAUCCGGAGGAUGAUCCCAAACAAACAUCCUUCGUUGCUUUUCCUUCCUCCUGGCCCUCUUCAUGAAACGCUACAAUCCAAAGAUACUGCGUUCAGGACAGCCACCGUGGAAGACCGCACAGUUCAAAAUGAACCGGUCCGUGCUGCUGGCCUGGUUGUUCCUCUGCACUCUAGCAUGCGUCGUACACGCACAAGAUGCUGGAGCAGCACCACCAGGAGCUCCAUCACUUGGACUGCCUCCAUCAUGGGCGGAUAGACCUUACGCCGCAGGCGGGGUGGACUUAAAUGAAUACAUUGCAUUCAUCAACAGAGCAUCAGACGAAGCGAAGAGAUUCCAAACAACGGCGUCUCCUCAAGCCGAAGCAGUGCCUCCAGAGGCGGCCAAUGAGGAACGAUCUCUACCCGAUGAAGACGCCACAUUGAAUGAAGUGGACGGACCCCGACCCAGUGAACCUGAAUUACCACGAGGCAAUGUCCCGGAGGCUGGCAACGGGGAACCAGUCCAACCAGAAGUUCAGCCCGGAGAAGAAGUCCCAAGUCAACCGGAAGAACUUCCACAAGAGAAUCAAGGCGGAGACGAAGUAUCGGGAGUGGAGGAGACACUAUCCGAACCUGAAGCAGAAGUUGUUCCAGAAGAGCAACCAGAUGAAGAUACAGAUCAAAGAACUGGGUCGGAACCUGAAAGCGGUCGCCCGGAAGAACCACAAGACGUGCUAGAGGAAGCACCUGAGGAAGGACCUCAAGAAGAACCUGGAGACGGAGAAACAGCUCCUGAAGUACCGGAAGAACCCCAAGACGUGCCAGAUGAAGUAUCUGAGGAAGGACCUCGAGAAGAAUCCGGAGAUGGAGAAACAGCUCCUGGCCAACCGGAAGAACCCCAAAAUGUACCAGAAGAAGUGCCCGAGGAAAGACGUCAAGAAGAAUCUGGAGAUGGAGAAACAGCUCCUGAUCAGCCGGAAGAACCCCAAAACGUACCAGAAGAAGUACCUGAGGAAAGACCUCAAGAAGAAUCCGGUGAUGGAGAAACAGCCUCCGACCAACCGGAAGAACCCGAAGAGGUACCAGUAGAAGUUCUUGACGAAAGACGUCAGGGAUCCAGCGAUGGAGAAACAGCUCCUGACCAACCGGAAGAACCCCAAAACGUACCAGAAGAAGUACCUGAGGAAAGACCUCAAGAAGAGUCCGGUGAUGGAGAAACCGCAUCCGACCAACCGGAAGUACCCCAAGGGAUACCAGUAGAAGUCCUUGACGAAAGAAGUCAGGGAUCCAGCGAUGGAGAAACAGCUCCUGACCAACCGGAAGAACCCCAAAACGUACCAGAAGAUGUACCUGAGGAAAGACCACAAGAAGAAUCCGGUGAUGAAGAAACAGCUCCCGACCAACCGGAAGAACCCCAAGAGGUACCAGUAGAAGUCCUUGACGAAAGACGUCAGGGAUCCAGCGAUGGAGAAACAGCUCCUGACCAACCGGAAGAACCCCAAAACGUACCAGAAGAUGUACCUGAGGAAAGACCACAAGAAGAAUCCGGUGAUGAAGAAACAGCUCCCGACCAACCGGAAGAACCCCAAGAGGUACCAGUAGAAGUCCUUGACGAAAGACGUCAGGGAUCCAGCGAUGGAGAAAUAGCUCCUGACCAACCGGAAGAACCCCAAAACGUACCAGAAGAUGUACCUGAGGAAAGACCACAAGAAGAAUCCGGUGAUGAAGAAACAGCUCCCGACCAACCGGAAGAACCCCAAGAGGUACCAGUAGAAGUCCCUGACGAAAGACGUCAAGGGUCCAGCGAUGGAGAAACAGCUCCUGACCAACCGGAAGAACCCCAAAACGUACCAGAAGAAGUACCUGAGGAAAGACCCCAAGAAGAAUCCGGUGAUGGAGAAGCAGCUCCCGACCAACCGGAAGAACCCGAAGAGGUACCAGUAGAAGUCCUUGACGAAAGACGUCAGGGAUCCAGCGAUGGAGAAACAGCUCCUGACCAACCGGAAGAACCUCAAAACGUACCAGAAGAAGUACCUGAGGAAAGACCUCAAGAAGAGUCCGGUGAUGGAGAAACAGCCACCGACCAACCGGAAGAACCCGAAGAGGUGCCAGUAGAAGUUCUUGACGAAAGACGUCAGGGAUCCAGCGAUGGAGAAACAGCUCCUGACCAACCGGAAGAACCCCAAAACGUACCAGAAGAAGUACCUGAGGAAAGACCUCAAGAAGAGUCUGGUGAUGGAGAAACAGCCUCCGACCAACCGGAAGAACCCCAAAAUGUACCAGAAGAACUACCUGAGGAAAGACCCCAAGAAGAAUCCGGCGAUGGAGAAACAGCUCCCGACCAACCGGAAGAACCCCAAGAGGUACCAGUAGAAGUCCUUGACGAAAGACGUCAGGGAUCCAGCGAUGGAGAAACAGCUCCCGACCAACCGGAAGAACCCCAAGAGGUACCAGUAGAAGUCCUUGACGAAAGACGUCAGGGAUCCAGCGAUGGAGAAACAGCUCCCGACCAACCGGAAGAACCCCAAGAGGUACCAGUAGAAGUCCUUGACGAAAGACGUCAGGGAUCCAGCGAUGGAGAAACAGCUCCUGAACCACAACCUGAAUAUCCGUCAGAAACUCAACCGGAAGAUGAGACAGAUUCACAAGAGGAACCAGAGGCUGAGCCAGAAGAAACAGAGCAUCGCGUUAUUUCGCCAGAAGUGGCUCCGACACAGGGGUCCGCUGUACAACCUUCUACAGAGUGUCCAGAUGACACUCAGUCAUGUACUGGACCCGAUGGUACAGUCUGCUCAUUCCACGGCUCCUGCGUGUGCGGUUCCUGUGCUUGUGAGAGCACUUACAGUGGCCGCUAUUGCCAGAGGUGUCCUACUUGUCCUCUGCCUUGCCAAGAGACCAGUGCGUGCGUUCUAUGUAAGGCCUUCAGCAGCGGACCCUUAGCAGGACCACGAUGCUACCGCGAAUGUAGUCUCAGUGUGCAGACAGUCGACGACGUCAAUGGUUCUGGAGAUACGUGCUCCGUCCUGGACGCGUCUGACUGCAAAGUGUCCUAUGCUCUCGACGAUUACUUUGAACUGGGUGUCGUGACUGUGAAGCGCGAGAAAGACUGUCCAUCUCCUGUUUUCCGGCCGAAUCCCCUGAGGCGUUUUAUCUACAAGGCAAGGAAGGUUGGCAGGAAUCUUUGGAAUUUUGUAACGGACACGCUUGGCUAGGCUGCACGAAGAGCUACUGAUGUCCGUUUUGGAUCUUAAAAACUGGAUGCUGGAACUUUUCGAAAUAAUGGCGCAUAAAAGCUGCGCCAUUUUGGGGUGGGAAUGGCUUUGGGGUGAUAAAUACAUUGCGGUUUCGUUUGCGGAUAAUUUCCGUUUGUGUAAAAUAAAGCAUGAUUAAAAACUCGG